AUGUCAAGAAUUGAAGGUUGCAAUGCUCACAUAAUACAUUAUUCUCAACUCUUCACACAAAAAUAUAAUAGCCAAUACAAACCUAACAAGACUGUUAGUACAGUAUUAGUGAACAUGAACAUGUUAAGAGUAUCACAUAUCGAUUCAGAGGAAUUAGAUACAGAGUUGUAUGAACUUAUAUGGACAAAAUUCAAAUCGAUUAUCCCUUUAGUAAGAAACCAAGAAGAAUGGAGGUUUUUCGUUGAUACCCUAGUAUUUCUAUUUUCUAGUCAUUACUUCAGUUUUAGUGGUGGUAUAACAACAACUUAUGGUUCUCAUUUAAGUAAUCUGGGUUUCACAUGCCAUAAAGUCUCCUUAUACCUUCUUUCUGUCUUCAAAAGAUAUUUCAACAAUAAGUUAUCGAACAGAUGUUCAUCUUCGCCACUCUAUAAAAGAAUACGAACAAUUAUUAAUCUAUUGGAUUUAAUUAAUUUUAUACAUUUUAUUAGAAACUCUAACACCAAAUAUUAUACAAUUUUACAUCGAAUAUUAAAAGUUCAACCAGUAAGUUUGGAUACAGGUUCUUCAUUCUACAAGAACUCCAUAUAUUCAAGAUUAGAGUAUCAGAAUAAACAGUUGUUAUGGAAUACUACUUUGGAGUUAUUGAACAUAACUAUAUUACCCAGCACAACACAAUAUUUCAAUUAUUUUCGACGGAAGAACAAUAUUAGCACAACCAAUUCACCUACUUCUAAGCAUGUUGUUUGUUGUCUUUGUAAUGAAUUUCCCACUAAUCCGUAUAGAAUUCAAUGUUGCAAGGGCAUAUAUUGUUAUUUAUGUCUAUUGAAAAGCAUAGAAUGGAAACAUUGUUACAAAUGUAAUGAAAGUGGUAAUUUAAAAGGAAUUUCAUAUUUUGAAUCGUAG